AUGAACAUCAAUUGGGAGGGUAAUGCAUACGUUAGUGCAAACAUCCCGACCGACAAUAUUGGAUUCAGUCCCGCAACCGUCCGCAUGCUCGAUUACGAUGUGCUCACUUCGGGCUGGGCUGUACACUCGCCCAAUCUCAAUGUCAUCGUCUCAAUCUGGUAUCGACUCAGUACAUCUCAUGUCACGGUCGACUUCGGUCUGGACGGCAGCACGUAUAACAUCUAUCGCGGAACAACUUACCCGGCUUCGUCGUGCUCGAUGUCCUGCAGCAACAAUGCUGAUGGCUCGUACGCGGUGCCCAUCCAGGCAUACGAUCCCGAGCAUCCUUGGCCUUGA